AUGUUAAAAAAGCAGAUAUUGGCAGAAAAUUUUGUAAACGAACUUGUUUUUAAGUAUUUUUUACAAAAUCCUUUGUUUAAGAUUUUUAUUGUUCCAAUAUUUGUGUUAAUAUAUCUUUCUGCUUCCUGCCAUAGCUAUAUAAUUGAAGCUGUUACUGCAUUGGAAUGUUAUAUGAUUAGUGAUAUAAAGAGUAACUAUCCUGGAAAACUUAUUUUAUUAUAUUUGUUAUUCACUGUAUCGCAUUAUCUCCUGACAUUUUUUAGUGACUGUCUUUUCGCAAUCUACUUACAAAGCACCGUCGUGUCAUCUUUUAAAAUCCAUGUUAAAGAAUAUUUGGUGUUACACUACGAAGACUUUCAUUCCAUUGGAUCUGGUAAAAUACAUACGGUUAUUGAAAGAAGAACCAGAGGAAUUAUUGAUUUUAUAGAAUUACUUAUUAUGAAUGCUUAUUUUAAUUCUACUAUUUUAUUUGUUAUUUAUAACAGAAUGUAUCUGACACUUGGCAAAGAGUUAGUAUUUUUUAAUAUUGGUGUUCUUGUAGCGUAUUUAUCUUUCUGUUAUUUUACUUCUUUUAUUAUCAAAAGAAGUAGAGAAGCUGCUAAUAACGACUGGAAUGAAUGUUCUAAUAGGAUUUAUGGUAUACUUAAUAAUUACGAUGUAAUUAAAUCAUAUAACAAUGAUUCUUUAGAAAUAUGUAAACUCAAUGAAAAGGGUGCUAGUGUAGAAAUGUCUUACUUUUAUUAUGAUACUGUUUGUAAUAUAACAAGAUUUGCACAGGUUCUUCUUACAAUCCUACCCAAUAGUAUUGUUAUUUAUAUGGUAUUAACAGGGCGUGGAUUUUUAUCAUUAGCUACAUUUGGUCAAUUAGCAUUAUAUCAUAAACAGGUUAUGAGUCUUAAAUCUAGUAUGGAAAGUUUUGGUAAGCAAUUGUUAAGAUUUACUCAAACUUAUACUGAUGUCACUGAUAGUUAUCUUGUAGGAAAGCAUUUAGAUAACACUAAUCAAGGAAAAGAAAUUCAAUCUUUUACUGAUAAGAUUGAAUUUAAACAGUUCUCAUUAUAUAUGAAAGAUCGUUUAUUAAUUAAAAAUUUUAAUUUUGUUAUUAAUAAAGGUGAUAAAGUAGCAAUAGUUGGUAAAAAUGGUAGCGGAAAAAGUUCUCUUAUUAAGACACUACUUAGAUUUUACGAAUAUGAAGGCGAAGUUUUGAUAGAUGGCAGAGAUAUGCGUGACAUUACUGUUGUCUCCCAGAGAAAUCUUAUUUCUUACAUACCACAAAAUCCUUAUAUUAUUGAAGGGACAGUUUUAGAUAAUUUAAAAUAUUCUAAUAAGAGUAUUACAAAUAAAGAAAUAAAAAAUAUUUGUUUGGAUUAUAAUUCACAUGAUAUUUUUGCAAAAUUACAGGAUGGAUAUGCAACUAACGUGGGGGAAAGUGGUAAGUUCCUUUCCGGCGGACAAAAACAGCAGCUUAGUUUUAUGAGAGGUGUUAUAAAAAACGCAGAUAUAUUUUUAGUCGAUGAACCAACAGCAAAUUUAGAUAAAUUGGCUGAAAAAGACUUAAUAGAAAAAGUUUUUACUAAAUUGAAUGAUAAAACUGUCUUAUUUAUUAUUCAUAAUUUUGACUAUUUGGGAAGUUUUGACAAAAUUAUUGGAUUUUGCAAUCAAGAAGUUCGUGUUUAUGAAAAAUAUGAGGAUUUUUUAACUGAUAUUCAACUUUAUUAA